AUGCGCAUGGUGGUGGUGUGUUAUUCCUACACGAGCACGACAGGCACGUCCACCAGCUCCACGGCCACCGUUGGUGCCACAGGAACUGCCACAAAGUCCCCGCGGCCGCCCAGUCCGUCAUCCAGCGUGGUGGUGCUGCCCAGCGGGAGCACCGUCUACGUGAAAAGCGUGAGCUGCUCCGACGAAGACGAAAAGCCACGCAAGAGACGGCGCACCAACUCGUCCGGCUCGUCCCCGGUGCUGCUGAAGGAGGUGGCCAAAGUGUCGCCGCCCGUUGCCAAGCACAUGGCAGCGACGCCAGUGGUGAGCGGCAGCCCUAAGAUGAGCAACAUCAUGCAGAGCAUCGCCAACUCCCUGCCGCCGCACCUGUCGCCCGUGAAGAUCACCUUUACCAAGCCCACCAUCCAGACCACUAGUGCCGCCACGCAAAAGGUGAUCAUCGUGACCACGUCGCCCAGCUCCAAUUUUGUUCCCAACAUCCUGUCCAAGUCCCACAGCAACGCCGCCGUGUCCAAGCUGGCCUCCAGCGCCAUCCUGACCACACCCGCCCAGAAGCAGACAGUUGUCUUCCCGGCGACCGGUUCUGGUCCCACAGCCGUCACUGCCGUAGUGUCCUCCACGCCCUCGGGUGUCAUGUCGACCGCGUCCACGUGCGCCGCCUCGGCGGGAGUGAAAGUGGCCUCGGCCAGGCUGCCCUCCCCGAAAACUCUGGUGGGCUCGACUACGCAGAUACUAAGCCAGUUCCCCAAGCAACAAUCGCCUAAACAGCUGCAGGCGACAGUCGCCGGGGCUUCUGGCGCAGCCCAGGCACAGAGCGCUGCAGCUUCCGCCACCUUGCCAGGCACCAAGCCCACCAUUCAGAUCAAGCAAGAGUCUGGUGUGAAGAUCAUCACCCAGCAGGUCCAGCCCAGCAAAAUCCUGCCCAAGCCAUCCUCAGUGGCUCUGUCCAGCAGUAGCUCCUCCCCCAUCAUGGUGGUCAGCAGCAAUGGAGCCAUUAUGACCACUAAACUGGUCACUCAAGCCACAGCCACCCAGGCCACAUACACGCGUCCCACUGUCACUCCCAACCUUGGUGCCCGGAUCUCGGCGUCAGCCGGCGGCGCCACUUACGUCAAGACAACCAGCGGCAGCAUCAUCACUGUUGUGCCCAAGUCGUUGGCCACGCUGGGUGGGAAGAUCAUCAGCAGCAACAUUGUGUCUGGUACCACCACCAAGAUCACCACCAUCCCCAUGUCGUCCAAACCCAACGUGAUCGUGGUCCAGAAAACAAGCGGCAAAGGGGCCACCAUCCAAGGGCUGCCCGGCAAGAACGUGGUCACCACACUUUUGAAUGCGGGGGGCGAGAAGAGCCUGCAGGCCGUCCAAGGAAGCAAACCGGCUAUAAUCACCACUACCAGGCCUAUCACCAAGAUGAUCGUCACACAGCCCAAAGGCCUAAGCGCCAGCUCGCCGUCCGCCGCAACGAAAAUCAUCCCCACCAAGAUCGUCUACGGCCAGCAGGGCAAGACGCAGGUGCUCAUCAAGCCCAAGCCGGUUUUCCAGACUGCCGUAGUGAGCGAACAGACCCGGCAGCUGGUCACCGAGACGCUGCAGCAGGCCAUCCGCUCGGCUGACCCCGUUACCGCUCAAGAGGGAUCCGCUAAAGAUGAUAGCAGUGGAGUGGAGACCGGCGGCUCGACAGCGGAAGCAUCGCACGACGCGCAGUCCGUGCUACACGUGCUGUCCACCAGAGAACAUGAUUGGACUGAGCAGGAAGUGUCCGUGGAGUCUGCCCCGACGGUCAUCUACCAAGAAGUGACCGCCGGGGAAUCGCAGUCGGCCGCGUCCACCAUCAAAGCUCUGCUGGAGCUGCAGCAGACGUCGGCGAAGGAAAAGGGCGAGUCCAAACCCAGGCAACACCCCCACAUUGACCUGAGCCAAAUGGCCGUUCCCAUCCAGCUAACGCAGGAGAAGAGGAGUGCCCCCGAGGCACCCGUGACACCGGUCCAGGAGGCCGACGCCCCGACGGCAGCGAAAGAGAGCCCGCCGACCGAGGAUGACGUGGCCUCCAAAAGCGUUGAGCAGGUCGCCGCGGCAACCAAGCCAGUCAGUGCCCCACCUGUAACUACGGCGACACAUGUCAGCCUCAAGCCUCCUGACAGUAAAAGUGAGUCAGUGCUGGAGGUUAGCGAGUUGGAAGGCGAUACUCUGGACCCCCAGACGGGAUUGUUCUACCGUGCUGCCAGCCAGACGGAAGCCCCCAAGCCAGCCGCCCCACAACCACCUAGCCAAGCAGAGAACUCCCCUCAAGCUCCCCCUCCUCCUCAACUGCAGAGUAAACCUCAACUCAGCCAGCCUCCCACCUCCUCUUCAUCAUCCUCCUCUCUGACGUCGUCGCCGGUCAAAAAGCUCCCCAAACUGCGAGAGCAGAGUCAAACCAAGCCGGCGGGCGCUGUUGCCACCUCGCCCGUCACGCCACAGCUGCCCAAACUGCAGCAGGCGCCCACUUCGCACCACAGACCGCUGCACGCGCCCAUGUCGCACCCGCCACCGCUGCAGGCGCACCACCCGGUUGGCACCGAAAAGGCCGUGACAGCGCAGCAGCCAAUCAUCACGCAGAGCGCCACCGUCACGAAGAUCACCUUCGGCAGCACCCACCACCAGCAGCAGCACCAGCAGGCGGCCGCCCACGCCCCGUCCGUACUGAGCGCUGACGGCGAGCUCACGGACGAAUCGGUCACGGGGCCGGCGGGCGAAGAGGCCUCCGUGUCCGACAUCCUCAAAAUCUCCAUGAUGGAAGCCCAAAUCGAUCCUAGCACCGAGCCGGUAGUGGUGGUGGACUCGUCCACCGAACGGCCCCCCUUGGAGGCCAAGGCGCAGCAUUUUGGCAAAGAGCGUCUGGAGGUCAUCGAGGUGAUCCCUCAGUACUCGAUCGUGCCGGACUCGAGCCGCUCCAACGUGGUGGUGGAGCCCAGCGGCUUCCUGGAAAUCACCAACUAUACCAGCCAGACGCUGGAGGACGAUGACGACGGCACCGCCGAGCACGACGUGGACAGCGGCAAUGACGCCGGCCCCCCGACGCCUUAA